AUGAUUAACAAGGACUUUGAGUCCAAAUCAUUCAAUCGACUCGAACGUGUGCGCGGCUACACCAAAGUCAACAAGCGGAUUGAUAUGCGUGCAGGGCGCAUCACGGAUCAAAAUUCAUUCCUUGUUGGCAAUCUUUUUGUUACUAUCCUUUGUAUGGCUCGCAUUCUUUCUAUCGCCAUACUUCGUUCGACAGGACUGUUCCUCAACGAUGUUUCUCGUGCUUCAAUCAAUAUUACCACCAUGAAAGCUUCACCCACUACUGCUAAAAUCUCUGGGCAGCUCCUCACUGUUGUUCCCACUCGUCCUUCGACUAACCCACAAGUUCCUACUUCAUUCCUCUGGGAUGGAGGAUAUGUCAAGACUCAGUCUCCCAUUCCGGGCACCUCAGGAUCUACAGAGCACGUCAUUAUUGUUAAUGUCCCCGGGUUCCUCAUGGAACCCAUCAAUCCCGAGCCAACCUUCAUUCGACUUGGCCAUGACGUCAAUAGUGAUCAUUUUUUGGAGAUCAAUGGGGGUCAGACUACCUGGCAAGUACCACACGAUGCCCUUGUAGCCGCAUGCGAGCUUUUAUGGGCGAAGGCACUUGAGGCAAAACUCCCUCUCAAGUCUAUUGCUUGCGUGAACCCAUCAGACGCCAACUCAUUUCCGUAUCAGCUUUCUGAUGGAACAUCCGCUGUCAUCUCCGUCAAAGCAAGCAAUCUGCUUGCAGCAUCUGAAGGCAAGCGGAUCACUAUUUGCCCACUCUGCGAAGCGAAGGUUCCCAAUAUGCGCUCUCAUAUUGGCCAGCACAUUCUGUGUGCAUUGAGCAACACACCAGAGAAUGUCAGUUUGAAGGAACCGGUCGGCAGUGUGCUUCCUUGCGGUUUUUGCGGCCGCUCUGGACUACCAGAGUGUUCUAUCACCAUCAAAGUCCCUGCCAAUGGCCCUCCGGUCUGGGAGACGAAGUGUAUCUACCAGCAUACCUUCAAGUACGGAUUUGCGGAGACAGGCUCCAAGAACAAACCUUGCCGGAAUGUUCCCCUCAAAUGUGCUCUUUGUCACCCUACUCUCCCUCCUGAACCUGGAAAGUCAACCUGCAGGACACCAGUCGUCUCUGUCGACGCUGUCUGGAGGUACAACAUGGUCGACCACAUUCUCAAUGGGCACGAGGAGUACUCUGUGCCUGGGCAUAGAGUGUCUGGCGUCGCCUUGCUGGCGGUGGUCUGGGAGAAUAUCAGGCUGACUGACCUUGAACAGACCGCCGCUCGAAUUCAGAAAGAGCAUUGGCAAGUAGGACAGGAGGGUGACAAGGAGAAUGUCCCAUCAUCUGGUUCCCGCACAAGAAAACGUCCUGGUCUUGAAUCGGCCGCAUCCCUACCCUCGAAACGACCUCAUACCUCUGUCCAACCACUUCAGUUUGCACGUACUUUAAUUGCAUAG